UUUUCUUCAAAAGUUCAAUCUUCAAGAUGCAUGAUUUUUGCUUAACGAUCCCAUAUGGGUUAGUUUUGAUGGUCGGAGGGAUAACUUCCAUGGGUGGAGGCCUAAGUGCAGGAUUUCUGCUCCUCCUUUCUGGGUUUGUGAGUCUCAAAGCUUUCCAGAAACGAAGGAAUUCUUAUCUCUCCAUGAUUCUUGAGACAGGUUGUGCACUUACACUAACAUGGGUCAUGGGACAACGGUAUAUACAAACAUCCAAAAUAAUGCCGACUGGAAUUGUAGCUGCAAUCAGUGCUCUAAUGGCGGCAUUUUAUCUAUACAAGAUAGCAACUGGUGGCAAUCGUAUCCCAUCUAAGGCUGAGUGAAUUUGAGGUGACAAUUUCCUGUAAUUUGAAGUAAAGCAUUGUGUUGGCCACCCAUUUCGAUUAUUCCUUAUUCUUGAUUAGAGUAUGGUUAUGUAUUUGACUGCAUAAUAUUUGAGCGAAACAUGUUUCUAACUUCAAGCACCUUACAUGUUACUAAAGAAGUAUUUUUUGGCGCGAAAA